UGCGACAGCUGGAAAGAGAAGGUCAGAGGCAUGUAACUAAAGCCAAAAAAAAACAAAAAAAAACGAAGGAUAUAUAGAACGAACCGAACGCAAGAACAAGGCGCAGAUUUCUGCACAGAAAGCAAAAGCUCUGCGGAAGUAACAAAAAGGGCGUGUAGAGCUAAAAGUGCAAGGCCGCCGGCGACAGGCUGCGGUCGGCGAAAGGCGAGUUCUCAUCGGAAUCUUCAAAAAGGGAAAGCAGAGUUAGAGAGGGAAAGAGGAGCGCAUGCGUGGUGGCCGGCGAUGUACAGUCACCGGUCUGCGGCCGGUCCCAAAGAUGCUAGGCAAUGACAUCGAUCCCGGGGCCCGACGCAUGCCCACCAACUGUUCGCUUAAAUUACCCAACGGCCAAACUUUCACUCUUUUUACUCCUUCCUUUAAGCUCGGGUCCCCAUUAUUUAAUUAAGGUGCACGCGAAUUCCCGUGCCCUUUAAAUUCCAUUCAAAACCUUCCUUCGUUCACUCCGCCGCCGUAUCUCUUUCUUUGGUUCCUAGCUUCAGAAAGAUAGAGAGAGAGAAAGCAGAGGAAACCAGCUUCCAAGACGGGUCUUCCGGUGUGGAUGCUGGGGAUGGGCGCCGGCCGGUGGGAAGAAGACAUGAGCCACCUUCUAGCCUUGCUCUUCCACCAGGGAGUGCUGGACGAGCAUUUCAUGCAGUUGCAGCAGCUACAGGACGAGUCCUCACCGAAUUUUGUGUCGGAAGUAAUCUCCAUCUACUUCAGGGAGUCUGAGAAGCUUCUCAGAAAUAUCAGAACACUACUUUUGGAUCGUGAAUGCACGGAUUAUAGGAAGAUCGGCGUUUAUUUGAACCAUCUGAUGGGCAGCAGCUCUAGCAUUGGUGCUAAUCUUGUUCGAAAUGUCUGCGUCGCAUUCCGCGCAGCUUCAGAGCAUUGUAACUGGGCUGGGUGCCUUCGCUCGUUAGCUGUGCUUGAACACGAGUACUGUUACCUCAAGAACAAACUUCAUGAGCUCUUCCAGAUAGAGCAGCAGAGAGUGUUGGCGGCAGGAGUUCGAUACCACCCUCUUCUGCAAUGAUGCGAGAAAGAGCAAAUCACGACAGCAAUCAAGCAGAUCUUUCUUCUUAGUAGCUGAGACCGGUAGUGAGAUCUAAUCGAUUUAAUUACUGAGGAGUAUUAAUGGUGAUCAGGUCGGAGGACUUGUAAGGCGUGAAUGGCUAGCUGUUAUCUCUGUACUUGUUGUUCAAAAUAAUGAAUUAUUUCUGAUGAGUCUGCAGCUCUUUUAUGU